CAAGAAUAUUUGAUAGAGAUAGGAAUAAUAUCUUAGGUUGAAAAAGUUGAUGUCUGAAUCAAUGAAGAUCACAACAUUGACAUUCCAUAGUUCCUCACUCUUCAUACCAGGAGGAACGUGAAGUAGCACAAGAGGAUGGACAAUUCGGACCCACCUGGGCAUGGCCUCUGGGCAAGUUGAACAUUGAUCUUUCCGGGGUCGAGUUUGUAUUGGACUUCUGCAAUAUUGUUGCUGCCGCUCAGUCACCUUUUACCCAAGAACAUUAUGUGCAGAGGAGUUUUUUUUAAUUUUUCCGCAUUAGUAGACUGCCCAAGACUUGUGACUCGCGAAAAUCAAAUGUCAUAAGAGGGACCCACGCAUGACGAGAUGAUUGAGUGUCGCCAUAUUGAAGACGCAUGCUCAGGUCACAAGAGAAGAAACGGAAUGGCACUUCUUGAACAUGAACUACGUACUUGUUCUAACAGCAAGUGGAGUUAGAGUUGAAGGAGCUUGGCUUCAAGCAUCGAGGGAAUGCAUGGAAUCCGAGAGCGGCAGCUGAUAUGAACAAUCCAACCACUACCUACGGUUCCAGCUGGAGACUGAAUUAUGAAUAAAAUACAUUCGUGACUAUUUCUUUGUCACUAUUUGGUUCUAUUUUGUAGUUAAAAGACGAUGAUGAGCUUUACUCUGACGAUACGCUUGUGUUGGCUUUUUUUGACGAGGACAGCUAGAAAAACUGCAAUUAGAUUUAGAAGAACAAUCUAUUUUCUCUAUUGCAGUAUCGUGUCUAUCUUCUAACGAAAGAUGCAACUGGCAUGCGCGAAGCUUCUGCAGACAAAGUUGAUAAUUUUGGAGCACUCAUCCAUCUUCACCCACUUGGACGUCCGAAACAUCGCUCUUAUCAAAGCGUGGCUCAGAAAUUAGGCUAGAGCAGAUUCUAUCCAGUUCCAGAACAACUCCAUCGAGUAUAUUUGGAGUCUACAGAAGAUGAUGGGUUUUUAGCCCGCAGCCUCGACAACUGAAAAUAACCGAGUUACUGACUGAAAUAAGGGAGGUAGCUUUGACAGGGCUACUCUUCCUUGUUCAGUAUCUCCCUUAUUUGAAAUAGUUACUCGCUCUCGCUUAUUUCAGUUUUUCGUACAUGAUAUUUUGGACAAUCCUAGAUAGCCGUCAGUAUGGGCAGCACUUUUUUCGCAAUCGCUCCCUUUAAAAUGAUUUCGUGAACAACUUGGAAGGGGGAGCUGACGGAACCGUGCUUGUCUUCAACUGCGCGGAUGAAGUUUUCGUAGCCGAUACGUGUACGGGAAACAUCCUGGAACUACACCGCGAAAAAGUUACAGCCUAU